AUGGAGUGCUCCACAAGUAAUAAGCUUCACCAUCAAGUGUUCAACAUUUCUGUAGUACAGGAGAGAAGAUGGACUCCACCACCACAGGAUGCAAUUUGGGUUGAUGUGGACAGGUCAGUCAAACAACAAAAUAGUGCAGCAUGUGGCGGUUUAGUCAGGAACUCUGAAGGAGAUUGGUUGAUGGGUUUCAAGAAAUGUUUAGGAUGCUCUUUGAUCAUUGAAGCAGAACUAGUAGCUAUCCGAACAGGCCUGGAAGUGGGCAAACAGCUCGGGUGUACCAAAAUCAUGGUCUAUUCUGACUCUUUAGAGGCAUGCAACCUUUUCAUGCACACGUGUGCAGCAGAUAAUCCACUUAAACUGGUUAUAAAUGACAUAAGGGACUUGGUUGUUGGAGACAGGGAAGUGACGCUCCAUCACACUACUAGGACCAUCAUGGGUUGUGCUGAUUUUUUGGCUAAGACAGGUCAUAGUGACUAUACUGAUACAAUUUUGAUUCCAGAGGCUCCGACUGAAUGCCUGGCCAUAUUAUUGGAGGACAAAGAGGCUACAAUUGCCGGAAGAUCUACUGCAGCGACUACACGAGUUUUUUAG